GAAUGGCCCCAGUUUUAACAACUACCUCAAUAUCAACUGUCGGUAUGCCAGCAAAAAUGUUUGGCGGCCCCUGCCUCAGAACAGGGGACCAGAAGGACGCAUUGGAGGGUUCAUGGUGUCCUCUAGGAGCCCAGGAGUGCCAGCCCGAGAGCCUACUGACCUGCCUCUCUGCCCUUCUUUGCCCACAGGUUAUGAGGUGACAGUGCUGGUGCGGGACUCCUCCAGGUUGCCUUCGGAGGGGCCCCAGCCAGCCCACGUGGUAGUGGGCGAUGUUCGGCAGGCAGCUGACGUGGACAAGACUGUGGCUGGGCAGGACGCUGUCAUCGUGACUCUGUCCCCUCUAGGUCCUACCACAGUGAUGUCCGAGGGUGCCCAGAACAUUGUGGCGGCCAUGAAGGCCCAUGGUGUGGACAAGGUCGUGGCCUGCACCUCGGCCUUCCUGCUAUGGGACCCAGCCAAGGUGCCCCCACGACUACAGGAUGUGACCGAUGACCACAUCCGGAUGCACAAGGUGCUGCAGGAUUCGGGUCUGAAGUACGUGGCCGUGAUGCCGCCCCACAUAGGAGACCAGCCACUGACUGGGGCCUACACUGUGACCCUGGAUGGAAGAGGACCCUCAAGGGUCAUCUCCAAACAUGACCUAGGCCACUUCAUGCUGCGCUGCCUCACCACCGACGAGUAUGAUGGGCACAGAACCUACCCUUCCCACCAGUAUGACUAGGGCUCUGUCCAUGUCCAGAGGACAGCAUCCUGGAGAAUGUGGAACCAAGGAAGGCAGCAAUAAAGCUUGAGCCAAGAGCUUCAGAUUAUGCUAGAAGUUCCAACUCUGGCUUUGGGUA